CCUCUUGGAGGGAUUGGGAUAAUCCCUAAUGGCUGAACGGGAAUAUGGUUUUGCUCCGCUGGUGUUUAGACUGCAUGGAGGAGCUCCACAAGUGGUGCGGGAGGUUCUCCUGGAGCGAGGAUGGGAGGAAUUUGAUGAAGAGAAGCAAGAGGAAGGAGACUGGAACCUCUACUGGAGAACCUCAGGCUUCAGAAACUCUCACUUUGAAAACAUCCUGCCCUGGCAGAGACUGAACCACCAUCCCAACAAAGUGACCCACGUCACACGCAAGGACUAUCUAGUGCGCCACUUACGGAGAAUGAAGACUGCUUUUGGCGCAACCCUGUAUGGCUUCAGCCCUUCCACUUUCAUACUGCCAAGCGAAUACAUCAAAUUUCUAGGAGUGUACACUCAGAGUCACUCAUCCCGCUACUGGAUUUGUAAACCCGUGGACCUGUCGAGAGGUAGAGGGAUAUUUCUGUUUGAAGAUAUCAAGGAUUUGGUUUACGACUCUUCGGUGAUCAUACAGAGAUACAUCAGCAACCCGCUUCUCAUUUCAGGCUACAAAUUCGAUCUUCGCAUCUACGUUUGCAUCAAAAGCUUCUCUCCUCUUGUCAUUUACAUGCAUCAGGAAGGCCUAGUGCGUUUCGCCACGGAAAAGUACACCCUUGCUUCCUUACACAACCUAUACUCGCACUUGACCAACACAAGCAUCAAUAGAUUCGGAUUGUGCUACGCCAUGGACAAAGAGCGAGUGGGUAGGGGAUGCAAGUGGACCUUGAGCAAAUUCCGCUGCUUUCUUCACAAACAAGAUGUGAAUGAGCUACUCCUGUGGCACAAAAUCAGUAAUAUCGUCACGUUGACUCUUCUCAAAGGAGUUCCUUGCAUUACCUCUAGCCCGAAUUGCCUGGAACUGUUAGGGUUUGAUAUCCUCAUCGAUUCCAGCUAUAAACCGUGGCUUCUUGAGGUCAACCACAGUCCGGCGCUUUCAAUGAACUGUGCUGCUGAUGUGGCGGUCAAGAAAGGGCUGAUUGGCGAUUUCAUUGACCUGAUGAACUACAGCACGAUUGAUAGCUUCAGACAGAAGGGACACCUCAGGAAGAAAUAUACACGAUCGGGGAGCAAGGAUUUACAGCCCAAAGUCUUUCAAGGGACUUUGCAUGCAACUCCAUUACGAGAAAGAAGCUGUACUCGGUCUAUCUCAACUUCUUUAGGUUCUCGAGACAGUGGGUUGUGUUCGGUUAAUGCUAGUGCUAGAAAUUCCACAGUACAUGCUAACCGCCCUAUUUCGAAACCCAAUAGCUAUGAUAAGUCAACUGAGAAGGAAACUGCAGUUGAGGUGGAAUCAGAUGAUCUGAAUCUUACACCAAUUAGCAGUGCAAGAAACACACCAUCUUCAGUAUGUAAGCUACCUUCUCUUUAUGAAAACAAACUCAAGUCUCAAAUCUACGAUUGGGACUGCAGGACUCAGGAUAGAGGGGUCCCUGCUUGUCGUGUUGGCGACUUCAUACUGACGUUUCCAUUUAAUGAGGCUACUUGGAAAGCAUCUCAAGAGAAGUUGGAUGUUAAGGUAAUUGUGAAUGAGGUCCAGAAACUCACCAAUCGACUGGCAUCUUCCUUUAAUGUGAACGAGAAGAUGAAGAGGGACAGCAGUCAAAGUGGUAGAAAGGUCAGGGACAAAUUUGAGGCUCUGCUUUGGGGACCAAAAGAUCCACCUCUUCUUAGCGAAUGCUGCUUCUCUGGUUCAGGGGUUUAG